AUGAUGAAUACAUUUAUGUCAGGGUAUCACAGUGAUCCUGAAGUAUACAUAACUGCGGCAAAAUAUGAAUUUGACGAUCGAAAAAACAUUAAAACUGCUAGGCGGUAUUUCAUAGAAGGAUUGAAAUAUCAUAAAAAUUGUAAAAGCUUGCACAUAGAAGAAUUUUGGAUAGAAGUUCAGCAUUUAGAAAAGACAGCAGGUGCUUCACUUCCAACUGCAAUUGGAAAAUACAGACACCUUAUAAAACGAUUUAAAGGGGAUAUGGAAUUUCAAAGACAGCNGUUGGACAAAGCAAUUCAAUUAAGAGCAGUUAGGGAAUUGCAAUGCAAUGUCGUCAGGUGUGAAUCAAUUAUUAAAUUAUUUAAUAGUAAUUAUUACCUUUUUAAAUUUUUAUGUUUGUAAUAUUUCAGAGAUAUGGUAAUAAAAUAUAGACACAGUGAAUUUAUGUGGCAAAAAUUGGCUAAAAUUAGUUUUGAUGGAUUUAUAUACCACCACGAGACAGAACAAUUGCAUUACGACACAAAUUAUAUUAGUGGAAUAAGGUAACCUUUAUAAAAAUUGUGUAUUGUUUUAAAAUAUAAUUAUUUAAUUUUUAAAGGAGUUGUAUUAAAACAUAUGAAGACGGAUUGAAAGAAAAUUUACCACCAGAAAACAAACAUAAUCUGUGGAAUUUUUAUGUCGAUCACGUGAUAGAAAUUCGAAAUUCUUAUCGUAUGAAAAAAGAAUCAAUCAGAAAUUUUAUGGACGAGACUAUGGAAGGGGCAUUUCAGGAAGCACAUGACAACAAAGCACUAUACAAAGCGGAACAUUAUAUUUAUUGGGUAUAAACCAUCUUUCUGAAAUAAUUACUGAGCAUACUGAAAUGCCAUUAAAAUGUGCCAAAAUAUUACAUAGUAUGCCUCUAUAAGUUUGUUAAUUUUAUUUUGAUGUAUACAAUGUAUUCAUUUGGUAGAGUUGUUGGUGUUGGUAUCAUUCAAUAAUAAAAUGUCUUACAGCAGCAGAAGUUUUAAGUUUCUGCUUUCCAGUCUAGUUCAUUUUUCAAUGAUUAGAUACCAUAAUAUUUUCAAUUGUACAAUACCCAUUAAAAAUAAAAAAAUCAUGGUUAAAUGCACAAUUAAUAAUAUUGAACGCAAUUAUUUUUCAAAAGAGUCAGUCUCGUCAGAUAAACAGGUACCUGCUGAAUAUUGCUGAAUUCUCUAUAUACUCUGUUGUAUCUGAACUCGGUCUUGGUUAUUUAUUUGGCAUUACAAAUUUUGACUUACCAACCUAUGUUUUAUAUUAUUUUGAAUCCAUAUUCUUAACAAGUUGAAAAAAGUUUAGUAGGUCUAUAUUCUAUUAUAUUCAUCAACUAUUGCAUCGUCUGAUCUCCAGUUGCUGCACGGUUUGAAAUGUCUUUAUUUACUGAUUGCAUGCAUAUGUUUUGUACAAUGUUUUACAAAGACUUAUUGUCUAAUGAAGUAUAAUUUCCUAUCUAAAAUUGUCCUUGUUCUUAUUUGUUCAACUAAUUUUGUAAAAAAUGAACUUGUUUGAUGAUUGAUGGCAUUGGCUAAUGCAGAUCGCAUUCUUAACACUAAGUCCUCUCCCAAUCAACAUUUUUAUAAUUUUUUAAAUAAUAUUUAUUAUAUUUUUAUCAUUAUUAUAAUACAAUGCAGUUGGAAAUACCAUUAUUAAUAUAUAUUAGUUGUAAAAAAAAUGGUUAAGCCUGUUUAAUUUAAUCAAUAAAAAUACAUAUUAGAUAUAGUUAGGUGGAUUAUUUUGAACGCUUGAAAGAUAAUAUGAACAGUGAAAAAUUGUGUAUAACCAAAUACAGUUAAAAAAUACAGAAAAUACCAAAUACAAAAUAAAUGGCAAUGUUCGGCAGACUGAUGAAAAUCUUAUCUUUCUAGAUAGAAAACCAACAAAAACCAGCUAAAGACUGGGAAGACUUUAGUAAGGGUAGUUAGAAAGGGCAAGAAAAAAUAUUCUAGAUGUUGACUAGUCAAUAGAAAUGGAAAAUGCAACAAUGCAGUAGAUUGGGAUAAUCAGAAGAACCUGAAAGAAUUGUGUUAAAUGCUUUAUUGAACUUUUUAACACCAACCAAAAAAAAACAAAAAAAGGCAUAAAAAAUAUUUAAUAAAAGGAUGAUUUAUUUUUUAGGCUAUGAACUCAAAGAAGGAUAGCUAUAUGAUUCUAAUUGAAGCAGUUGAUGUUGUAAAAGAUAAUGUUGUAGAAAUUUGGGUAAAACUAUUAUCAUACUUUGUGGACUUUGACAGUUUUGACAUGGCCAUUGAAGUGUUUCAAGCUGGUGUUAGGGCUUUGACAAACAGAUCAUUGCCCUUAUGGAAAAUUGUUAUCUUGUACAUGCAUAAUACUCAUCCAAAUUUUGUAAGUAUAUCCAUUAAAUAUAUAAGGUUAAAAAUUUAAUGUUAUUAUGUGAAGGAUUAUAAAGAGUCAGUUAAUAAAUGAAUUAUUUAUAUUGUCUUUAUGUAGCUUAAACAGUUGUACCAAGAAGGGGCAUGUUUUCCAUAUAAAGAAAUCAAUUUAUGUAUCAGGCCGCAAUAUUUAGAAUGGUAUGUAUUUCAUAAUGGCAUACUUUCUUCUCGAGAGUUAUUUAAUGAGUUAAAAGAAAUAGAACCAGAAUGUAAAGAACUGUAUAAAUCUAUGAUUUCAUCUGAAAAAUCUCAACUUUCAUCAAUUACCAAAUUAAGUUCUAUAAGGAAAUUACACCAUGACAUAUGUAAUGUGUUCGGUAAAAAUGACAUUGGUAAGUAGGUAUUUAUUUAAUACAAUUUACUUAUCAUUAAUAAGGUAAUUUAUUAUUAUAUUAUACUUUUAAAGUUAAAGAACUGUAAAAAUGCUUACUUGCGAGACAUGUAACAUUUUUUUAAUUUUAUAUAACUAUAUUAUGAAGAUGAUAUAAACUUAAAUUAGUAGAUAGAGUUUUAAUUUUCAUAUAUUUUUAAGUCUUUGUUUUAAGCCAUUUUAUCUUCUAUAACUAAUGUAUUCUUAAAGCUUAUUAAUGCUUAUAAUUUAUAUUAUAUAUAUAGAUGUGUGGAUUGACUAUAUUCGUUUUGAAUACAUGUAUGGCUCUCGGUCAUUGGUAAACGAAAUUUAUAUGGUAUCAUUAAGGUGUUUGGAACCAGGAUUAAGAAAUUCCAUGACAGAAAAAUUCAAAAACCUUGAAGUUGAAUUUAAGUAUGAAUCUUUUCAUAAGUUAUAUCAUUGAACUAAUGUAGAAAAUAUGAUACAAUUUUUUUUCUAGGGAGGAUUGUUCAAUAGUUGGAGGAAUAAUUGUUAUUGAUGAUGAUGAUGAUUGA